UAACAAAGCGUGUGUUGUGUUGAGAGGCAGAGGUCCCUUCAUCACUCUCACGAAGCUCUCUGUACUUCCACCACGCUUUUCGUUCCUCUUCUUCUUCUCUUCCCUCCCCCUUCUCUCUCUCUCUCUCUCUCUCUUCCUAUAUUUAUAAAUCAAUUGCAAUCGCAAAUUUCACUUCUUAUUAUUUAUAAACUCAAAACCGCUACCUUUUUUUAUUUUUAUCCAUUCUUUCUUCUCCAAUGGCGGAUCUCAAGUCAACAUUCCUCAAUGUCUACUCCGUUCUCAAAUCCGAGCUCCUCAACGACCCCGCUUUCGAGUUCUCCGAUGAUGCUCGCCAAUGGAUCGACCGGAUGCUAGACUACAAUGUGCCUGGAGGGAAGCUGAACCGUGGAUUGUCCGUUAUUGACAGCUACAAAUUGUUAAAAGAAGGGGAGGCGCUAACUGAUGAUGAAAUUUUCCUUGCUAGUGCUCUUGGUUGGUGUAUUGAAUGGCUUCAGGCAUAUUUUCUAGUUCUUGACGACAUUAUGGACAACUCUCACACACGGCGUGGUCAGCCAUGCUGGUUCAGAGUGCCCAAGGUUGGACUGAUUGCAGCAAAUGAUGGAGUUCUACUACGAAAUCAUAUUCCACGUAUUCUUAAGAAUCACUUCAAGGGAAAGCCAUAUUACGUUGAUCUUCUUGAUCUGUUUAAUGAGGUUGAGUUUCAAACUGCUUCAGGACAGAUGAUUGAUCUGAUCACUACACUUGAAGGAGAAAAAGACCUAUCCAAAUACACAUUAACGCUUCAUCGUCGUAUUGUUCAGUACAAGACUGCCUAUUAUUCGUUUUACCUUCCGGUUGCAUGCGCAUUGCUCAUGGCGGGUGAAAAUUUGGAUAACCAUGUUGAUGUAAAGAACAUUCUUGUUGAGAUGGGAACAUACUUUCAAGUACAGGAUGAUUAUUUGGAUUGCUUUGGUGAUCCCGAAACAAUUGGGAAGAUUGGUACUGAUAUUGAAGAUUUCAAGUGCUCUUGGUUGGUUGUGAAAGCAUUGGAACUUAGCAAUGAACAACAAAAGAGAAUUUUACAUGAACAUUAUGGGAAGCCUGAUCCAGCAAAUGUGGCUAAAGUGAAGGCCCUGUAUAACGAGCUAAAUCUUAAGGGUGUAUUUGAGGAGUAUGAGAGCCAGAGCUAUGAGAAGAUUGUAAAUUCCAUUGAAGCUCAUCCUAGCAAAGCAGUGCAAGCUGUGCUCAAGUCUUUUUUGGCUAAAAUUUACAAGAGGCAG